AUGCCGAGGGAUCGGCGGCAGGUUCGGAACGGGAACGGGGACGGGGACGGGGACGGGAACGGGAACGGGAACGGGGACGGGAACGGGGACGGGAACGGGAAAUGGACGCCCCCCCCCGGUGCCUUCGGGGGGCCCCCCCCGUGGGAGCGCGGUUCCGGGGCCCCGGAGCUGGAAUACGUGGAUCUGGACGAGUUCCUGCGGGAGCACGGGCUCCCCCCGAGCCCCGCCGCCGCCGCCCCCCCUCCCCGGUGCCCUCCCACCCCCCCGGUGCCGGGGGAGCCGCCGCUGGAGGGGGAGGCGCUUGGGGGGGGACCCCCCUUCGACCCACGGCGGCUCCGGUUCUCGCAGGACGAGCUGCGGCCCCAGCCCAUCGCCAGGAAGGCGCGGAAGGUGCACGUGCCCGAGGAGCAGAAGGACGAGCGGUACUGGAGCCGGCGCAGCCGCAAUAACGCGGCGGCGAAGCGCUCGCGGGACGCGCGGCGGCUCAAGGAGAACCAGAUCUCGGUGCGCGCGGCCUUCCUGGAGCGGGAGAACGCGGCGCUGAGGCAGGACGUGGCCGCGGCCCGCAGGGAGCUGGCGCGAUUCCGGGGGCUCCUGGCGCGCUACGAGGCCCGGCACGGGGCGCUCUGA